GAUCAAUUCACAUCCUUGUCAGUCUUUGGGCUGUGUAGUACAUUUUAUUGCUAUGCCGGUGUAAAUACGAGGAACAAGUUUUACAUGCAGAAGGCAAAGCAGAGGGGGCAGCACCAGAGAGACGAGAAGGAUUUGAACAGGAUUGAAAUAGGACAAGAACGCGAACGCGAGCAGUUAGAGAAAGGAUACAUUUAACUUUUCAUUUAAUUAAUUUAGAGUCUUGUUAUUUUCAUUAUGAGGUUAAAAAUAGGUUUUAUUCUGCGCAGUUUGCUCAUCGUAGGCACGUUUUUAGGAUUGAUUGUGCUCUGGUCUUCUCUUAAACCCGAAUCCAACGACGAAAAUCCAUUUGCUCAAGUGGAAAAAAAACCUGCCAUCAAUCCUCCUCCUAAUGUGAAGGACAACGUCUUGGACAAAUUUAAUCCUGUGGUCCCCUGGCCUCAUGUAGAAGGGGUUGAAGUUGACCUAGAGUCCAUCCGACAAAAGAAUGACGGUAAAAAAGGACUGCCUCACCCCCCGCAAGCUGGUGCAGAUAAUCAACAGAAUAUAAUGCAGAAACAGUAUGUCACCUUUAAGCCACAGAAACAUGUCUACCCAGAUCCUGUAUUGAGAUCUGGAGUGUUGGGAAACUUUGAAUUGAAAGAAGCUGAGCCUCAGGGAGUGCCUGGCGGUCCCGGUGAGGGAGCAAAGCCAUUCUUGCUUGGGCCAGAGUAUAAAGAUGCCAUCCAAGCCAGCAUCAGAGAGUUUGGUUUCAAUAUGGUGGCAAGUGAGAUGAUCUCCCUGGACCGCACUGUAAGUGACCUGCGCCAUGAAGAGUGCAAGUAUUGGUAUUAUGAUGAAAACUUGCUUACAAGCAGUGUUAUUAUUGUCUUCCAUAAUGAAGGAUGGUCCACCUUAAUGAGAACUGUGCAUAGUGUUAUUAAACGGACGCCUAGAAGAUACCUAGAGGAAAUUGUAUUGAUUGAUGACUACAGUAAUAAAGUUCACUUAAAAGAUAGAUUGGAGGAAUACAUAAAGCAGUGGAAUGGCUUGGUAAAAUUGUUUCGAAAUGAGAGGAGAGAAGGCUUAAUUCAAGCAAGGAGCAUUGGGGCAAAAAAGGCUGUGCUUGGUCAGGUGCUGAUCUAUCUGGAUGCUCAUUGUGAAGUGGGACCUAACUGGUAUGCACCUCUAGUGGCUCCUAUCACGAAGGACAGAACUAUAUGCACAGUACCACUGAUUGACUCCAUAAGUGGCCAGACUUAUGAUAUUGAACCACAAGGGGGUGGUGAUGAAGAUGGGUAUGCGAGAGGAGCAUGGGACUGGAGCAUGUUAUGGAAACGUGUGCCGUUGUCAAAGAGGGAGAAGGAGAAGAGAGUAACUAGAACCGAACCAUAUCGGUCCCCAGCUAUGGCUGGUGGAUUAUUUGCCAUUGAACGAGAUUUCUUCUUUGAACUGGGAUUAUAUGAUCCAGGUCUGCAAAUCUGGGGAGGAGAAAACUUUGAGAUUUCUUUCAAGAUUUGGCAGUGUGGAGGCCAGCUGCUAUUUGUGCCUUGUUCUCGGGUUGGACAUAUUUACCGUCUCGAGGGGUGGCAAGGAAAUCCACAACCUGCUCAUGUGGGUUCAUCUCCAACGCUGAAGAAUUAUGUCCGUGUUGUGGAGGUUUGGUGGGAUGAGUAUAAAGACUAUUUCUAUGCAAGCCGUCCUGAGACUUCUGCUCUAGCCUACGGAGAUAUUUCGGAACUGAAAAAAUUCCGUGAAGAACACAAGUGUAAAAGCUUUAAAUGGUUCAUGGAGGAAAUUGCCUAUGAUAUUUCAGCACACUAUCCACUGCCUCCAAAAAAUGUGGAUUGGGGAGAGAUAAGGGGAUUUGAAACUAAUUACUGUAUAGACAGUAUGGGUCACACCAAUGGGGACAUCGUGGAAUUGGGGCCUUGUCACAGGAUGGGAGGAAACCAGCUUUUCAGAAUAAAUGAAGUGAACCAGCUAAUGCAAUAUGAUCAGUGCUUGACAAGAGGAUCUGACGGCACCAAAGUUAUGAUCACUCACUGUAACUUGAAAGAGUAUUUAGAAUGGCAAUAUUUUAAGGAUUUGCACAGGUUUAUCCAUAUACCUACAGGGAAAUGUCUAGAUCGUUCAGAGGUUCUUCAUCAGGUCUUCGUAUCGGAGUGUGACACAAAUAAAAGUACACAGAAGUGGGAGAUGAACAACGUAGUGUCUGUGUGAAAAACUGGACAUGCAAGACUGAAUACAAAAGUAGCCUGUGUAACUGCUGCAUGUAGGAAUUUAAAUAUAAAUAUUUUAAUGAAUGAAAACUGUGAUAAUAGGCUGUUCAUGAAUUGUUUACAAAAUUGAUCAUUUUCAUUUUUCAAGUCUUUAGGUGAUGUUUACAUACUUUCCUCUUGGUUUCUUACACUCUAUGCAUAUCUUUAAGGUACAUCUUUCCUUUGGGAUUUCGCUCAAGGGUCUGCAAAUAUGUGACUUUCUUAAAAACUGUGCAUUUAAAGUAUGGGUGGGAGUCAAUGCAGUUAUACAGACAGAUCAUUAAAACAUCUGUUUAAAAAUCCAAAAGCACUACCCAUGGUUUGAUUCUUUUUUGUUUUUGCUUUUAUUUUUAGUUAUGUUAAAACACUCCUGAUAAAUUACACCAUGAAGCAGACUCUUGCCUCAUCAGCUGGAAACCUUAAGUGUUACUUUUUUUAUCUGAGUCCUGUGUACAUUGAGAGAGGGCAUUUUAUGACCAAUACUUUGCCGUUUUGGAAAGCAAUGACACUCUAUGUGGUCCCGUUCUUUGAAAGUACUGCCAUUUUAGUAAUGCUAUGCAUUUUUCUUUUUUUGGGGGAGGGUUCAUAUUUUGUCACCAAAGUGACAAUUUAUAUAUUCUUGCAGUGUCUUUCAGUAGAAAUAUUGUUUAACUUGUUGAAGAUAUGUAUUCAGCUCGUGCAUAAAGUUUGAAUUAUUAUACUGAGCUAAGAAUGUACUUAAGUCACCACAUAAACCAGCAGACAUACAUUGGUUUUACUAUCAGUUGUUGAUUGUGUGUCAAUUUUAGUUUUCACUGUCCAGUCACUGUCCUGGAGGGCCAUUUCACUUCAGGUUUAAUGAGACAAUGAACUACUUUAGGGUCUGGCUGGCGGUUUAAAUCAGUGGUGCACAACUCAGGCCAUGGAGGGCCAGUGUCCCUCCUGGUUUUUGUUCUAACCAUACCCUAAAUUAGU